CAGGCCACACAAAUAUAGCGGAGAGGAGAAGGCAUGUAAGCACAGCAGUGGUGGAGGACCGCGAGCAAGCCACAUAAACCAGUGGUCCCCCACACAAAGACACCCUUUGUGCGGCUCUUUUAAAGACUGUGCUUUUUUAUCGCAGAGGUUAUGCAUUAUCCUACAGGGGCGGAGUGGGUAGGGCGGAGGGGUUCUCUCUUAAUUCUGUCCAAAAAACAAUUCUGUGGAGUGUGGAUCUGCUGACAACGCCUUCCAAAGAGGACGGAGAGUCGAGCGCACUCGAACCUUUCACGAGCGAUCAAGAUUGGCAUCCGUCUGGCUCAAUGCCAUACACCUUCUCUGUGGUGUGACGGGGAUGCGAUUGUGCACUUGGACGUGAUGCAGUUGUGAUGUGGCCGAGUGCUGAAGUUUGUUUCCUUUCUGUGACAUGACCGCAGGUAAAGAAAGGAUCAUGGCUUUGUGCAUAGUGCUACUGCUGUGUAUGGGAGGACUAGCAACGUCUACCGUUGGAACAGAGGUCGUAGAGGAUUUCACCAACAAAACAUUGAAAUGUAUCCCCGAGCCCUCUUCUGAAAACAUCACCAAGUUGAUUCUCAGCAACAACUUCAUAAACCUGUGCAGCUCAGACGUGGCUGCUCUGAGCAAGUACAAGAACCUGACAGAACUCGAUCUCAGCAGCAAUGCCAUCAGUGCCCUGCCUGAUAACCUGCUGUCCAGCCUCCCUGCACUGAGAGUCCUCAACCUCUCCCACAACAACCUCAGUUCGCUGGAGCCCGCCACGCAGUGUGACUCGCUGACUGAGCUGGAUCUCUCCCACAACCACAUACUGUCCCUGCCUGAGGACAUGUUUUUGAGGUUGCCCAGCCUGGAGAGACUUCACUUGCAGGGCAACAGACUCAACACGCUAACAAAGGAAAUAGUCUCAACACAGGUCGAGAAAUUACAGCUGUUAGCUUUGGAGGACAAUCCUUGGAACUGCUCUUGCGAGUUUGUGAAGCUUGCCAAAUGGAUUAACAGCACCGGUUUACUAACAAGUACUCAAGCAACAUGUGCCACACCACCAGGCAAAAGCAUCCUCGACGACAGCGUGUGCGCUAUUGAAUCGUCAAAGACACCUUCUCCCACAGACUCCAAUGUAGGUGAGGACACCAACGGUAGUGGAGGACUCCCGGUGGUUGGGAACACCUGGAAGUUCCUUGUCGGGGUAGUGGUCAUUGCCCUCAGCACGUCGGUGGUCAUCGUUUGCGCCGUGAAGUCGCCCUCCUGGUACAAGCUGAUCUUCAACUACAGGCACCAGCGCCUGCGCGAGGAGGAGGCGUCCCACGUCUCGGUCACGGGACGCUACUCCAACUUCAGCCUGGAGACGGAGCAGACGGAGACCAGCGCCCACGAGCUGGACGAGGGACUGGACUGCGAGAUGCCCGACGACGAGGAGUUGGAGGACGAGGACGGCUUCAUAGAGGACCGCUACAUUGAGCCGGAGGACUACAAAGACCACAACGAAUCCUGAGGAACGGAACUGUGAUGGAUGUAUCUCAUCUUGGACGAGCGAAACGAGACUGCAGAAGGCUCCCAACCAGGGAUUUUUCGGAAGACGUGAGCCAUCGCUUGAGUAUGUAGGACUGUGAUUGGGAUGGGCUCUCUCAUUCCAGGAGGAUAUGUUUGUGUUUAUGAUAUGAAGGCUCCGUGAACACAUCCAGGCGCCCUUAUGCCCUGACAGAACAUUAAGCCAUGUGGAGACCUCUGUGCUAUGAUUCAUAACCACUCAUCCUGCAGUGUAACUAAACUAAAAUCAUAACUGCAAUCAUUCAUGCUUCUUACAGAGAUGUAAACGAGAGGUAUCCAUCUUGGUGUGUUGUUGAGGGAUUGUUGUAGUGUACUCUUCCGUGAAAUCAACAAUCUAACAAAGGUUAUGACGAUGAACAUGAAUGAGAUAACAAAGGUUAUGAUGAUGAACGUCUAAAUGUGAAAGAUCGUUUUCUGGUGUUUGAAGGUUUUUAAAGUCUGAUGACCUCACUGAAUUUAAUCCUUGGUAAAGUUCGACACAUGGAAGAGCUGAUGUUCAAUGAUCACCGUUGAUGUUUACUGUUGUAAAGCAAUCCUGUCUGCUUGUCACGGCUGCAGUGGACACACUAUGAGUACGUUUGCUAUUUGAUUGAGCACUUUUAACAGAAAAUUCACAUACAUUUGGCUGGCUAUUACAAGCCACCAGUCUUUUCACUCGAGAAAUAAAAAGAAUAUUGAGGCGACUCAAUUUAAAUACAUUCAACAUACUUACUCUCUUCUCUCAGUAAAAAUGACAUCCAUGCUUUUGGCCUCUCUGUCAUUCUGGGCUCUCAACUGAAAAAGAAA